AUGGUGUACAAGAUGGCGACGGUCGGCUGCUGCACUGACGAGCAGGGUAGUGGUGCUAUGGAAGAUAGUGAAGAGGCGUCCAGCAAAGAACAUAAUAAUCACAGCACGACGACGACGACAACAACAUCAACUACUAACUCUCAAUUAGUGGACGUUUGUAAGAAAAAUGGUGUUGUUCUCAAUUGUAUCUUAGAUGAUAAAUCGUGCCAUGCUUCCAUCACCGCUACCACUACUCGCACAAUCGCCGAAGAUGCAAAGAAGAAGCAGAAAGCAGCGACCAAAUCUGACAAGAGUUCUCGGAUUAAUGGUAGUAAUAUCAAUAUCAACAGUAACUCGGCGACCAAGGGACUAUUGCUAAAUCAACCAUCCAUUCCGAAUUUACGUUCAAGGAAAGAUAAACAACAGCGACCGAUUAUUGAGUCGCCCCGUAAAAGGAGGAGGUCUUCUCGACAUGAAAAAGCAGACCAUCAGCAGCAGCAACUGUCGACAACAGUCUCAACAACAGAGAGGAAGAAAAAAGUCAAUGACCUUGAAAACCAGAGUAUCAGCUGUUGCUGUCUGGAGCAAAAGUCUCAGGGAGUAAACUCUCAUGAAAACAACAAUGCAAGCCCAUGUAUUUCCAAGCAAGCCAACAGCAAAGGAUCUCCUGAACCAGCCUCUCAAUCAAUUUACGGAUUACACUCCAUUUUUGACGGAUUGGCUCUUAAUAAUGAGCGGACCAAAACUGCUGCAGGUCAGGUGGGGUUGUCUAGUUCUACUGCCCAUUCAGGGUUACUGCCACCUCUCAUAGACCGCCCUUACACACCCAUCCUGUCCUGUAGCACAGCCAGUGUCAGCAAUGCGGUCAACUGUGCGUUGAUCUCAUCAUCAUCGUCAUCAUCAUCAUCAUGUAAAGACUCACAAAACUUUGACUACAACUGCAACAAGGAAACAGUAACACAUUGCAAAUGGAAAAACUGUGAUAUCGUCUUGGACCCCGACUUGCUCAUGGCACAUAUUCGUGAGAAACAUGUUGAGAGUCAAGAAGGUAGUGAAACAUAUGUAUGCUUUUGGGAUGGUUGUAAGGUGUAUGCGAAACGCUCUUGCUCCAUGUCUUGGCUUGAGCGGCACAUUCUCAGUCACAGUGGUGACAAGCCAUUCAAAUGCAUUGUUGAUGGCUGCGAUAUGCGUUUCCCAUCACAUCAUGGUCUUGAAAGACACGUUAAUAGCCAUUUUAACACACAACAGCCUACUGCUCCCAAACCACCUAAGUUAAGGGAAGAUACUCCAACCAAAUUAUGGAAAAAAAAGAAAAUGAAGAGGAAAAGACCUCAAUUGGUAAGAACCGGAGAUUUUUUUGACAGUGGAAUAAUGGAACGUUUACAACAAGAGCUGAUCACGCUUACACGAAUCACGCAGAUUGAUUUAGAAGGCAGCACUAAUUCCAUAACAUUCCAUGGCACUGUGAUUGCAAGAAGAAGAGAAGACUCUGGAAAAAUAAAAGUUUUAUUACACUGGACACCUGAGAACAUAUUCCCUGAUUGCUGGGUGCCAGAGUCACAGGUGCAAGAAGUGCACAAACGUGUCAUUCCACUGACAAGCUUACCUCAGGAUAGUGCAGCAGCUCUGCAUUCCUCAUUCUAUCGUCGGCACCGCUAUCGCAAACAUCGCAGAAAAUAAUCAGUCAACUAUGGUUUUAAAACCCUCACUCAACCCCCCCUGUUAUAUUUUUACAGCAGUCCUAACUUACCUCCACCCUCUACCUCUCCUAUCUUUCUCUUUCUAUGUGUGUGUGUGUGUCUGUCUUUCCAUACAGACCUCUGCCCUUCUGUACUUCUCCUUUUCUUCCCCACCCACCCCUUUCUAUACUGACCUCUCUUCCCCCCUUCAUUGCCAUUCUGACCUUUCUGCCCUCUCCAUACUGAUCUCUCUCUCUCUUUCUCUUUCUACCUCUCUUCUCUCUUUCUCUCUCUUUUCUACUGUCUCCUGCUUUUCCUAUUCUAACCUUCCUCCUAAUACUUACCUCUGUGUCUCUCUCUGCACUAACCCUUCUUUCUUCAAUACUCUUUUCUGGUCUCUCUUUAAAGUGACUUUUUCCUUUCUUAUAUCCCUGUUACCUUCAUUCAUUUCUUUCUCUCCAUUUCUAAGUAUCUACAAAUAACUUCCAACUGAAGAGAGAACUCAUCCUUUCCCAUGCCACCCUUCCCCUGGAUCCUGUGGAAAUAUAAAUAUACAAUUCUAUAAGUCUGACUGUCUGACAUAUGUUCCUUGUAAGGAUAACCAACAACAGUCAGUGAAGACAAAGGAAGAGUUUCUUUCAAAAAAAACUUCUUCCUGUCCCAUUCCUUCAAACAAGAAAACAGAAAUGAAUGAAAGAAAUUAAACCAAAAAAAAGAAAAAAAGAAAGAAAAAGAGAGAGAGAGAGAGAAAGAGAGAAAAUGU